AUGGCACUAGAAUUUAUCGGCGGAACACUGUUUACGCUGCUCUACGAUGGCGUUAAGCAAGCCAUGAGCAAGGGCGGCACCUUUAAAUCCCUUCUCGGAGAUCUAAAAUCCACCCUAGACUCUUUGGUAGCUAGAGACAUCCAACAAAUUGGAGAGCAUAACGUCGAAUUGGGUCUCCCAAAUGAGGAAAUCGAAGGUCUCAAAAUGCUAAUGGAGGAAGGUGUAAAGCUCGUUGAGAAGCUAUCGAACUUUAGCAUGUGGAACUACUGCUGCUUAAAUGAUUACAGUGAGCAGAUUGUUGAAUUGGAUAGGGCUCUGAAAAGAUUGUUGCAGAAAUUGAAGAUGCAAGAAGCAAGGGAUGUGAAGGAGGUGUUGGUUUUGGCAAGGCAAAACCGAGACAAGCUCGAUGAAGUGAAUAGAAGACUGUUGGAUAUACAGAAAUUGCUGCAGGAGAGAGCUGGGGAUGUCACGGAGAGCUCGGUUUCAGGAGGCAAUGCGGAGACGGUGCGGGAGCAAAGUCAAGGGAAUGGUGAGCAACAAGUGACGUCGUUCGAUGGAGGGACUUCUCUACAAGCAGUUUUUGUUGUGUUGUUUGAUGUGGUUAUAGAAGUGAAGGACAAGACUACGGUGUUUAAACCCCUCCUUGGAGAUCUCAAAUCCACACUAGACUCCUUAAAACCAUUGAUUGAAGAGAUUGCAAAACAUAACAAAGUAUUAGAUCGCCCAAAGGAGGAACUAGAAAAUUUUAGAAAUCAAAUGGAAAUGGGUGUAGAGCUCAUCCGCAAGUGCUCCAAGGUAGCAAGAGAUGUGAAGGAGAUGUUGGUUUCAGUAAAAAAUAUAGAGGCAGUGAUCCAGAAAAUUGAAGGAAGUGGUCUGGUGCAAGAUCAAAUUCAAACUAAAGGUUGGGGUGCAUUACCUGAACCUUUAUCGCCCAGAGUUGGAUUGGAUUUAGUGAACGUGCAGGGAACAAGGGAUGUGAAAGAGACAUUGGUUUCAGCUAGGAAUACAAAGGCGGUUGUUGAUAAAAUUGUAGGGAGUGGCGUGGUACAAAAUCAAAGGGCAGCCGAAAAUCAUAGCAGGAAUAUAGAUUCAAAUGCUAGCAGGAGCAGAGGGAGUGAAUUUUCGGAGGCAGUAACCCGACAAAUGGACAAGUCACAGAGUGAUGGGAAAAUUUUGGAGACAUCCAACUUAAGAAUUUUCAGUUUUUCAGAGUUGAGGGCUGCUACUAGGAAUUUCAGCCGAGACACAAUGGUUGGUGAGGGAGAAUAUGGGCGGGUUUUCAAAGGUUGGGUGUAUGAGAAGACAAUUGCACCUUCUAAGGCUGGUAGUUGGAAUUUCGGGCCGGUCAGAAUGGGUGGUGAGGGAGAACCUCUGCCUGUUUUCGGUGGUUGGAUAGAUGAGCUUGCACCUUCUAAGGUUGGCAUAGGAUCACCUGUUGCUAUCAAGAAAUUGAACCCAGGAAGUGCAAAAGGUUUUCAAGAUUGGCAGUCAGUGGUGAACUUCUUAGGGAAGCUUUCUCAUCCCAGCCUUGUCAAGCUAUUAGGAUACUGUUGGGAGGAAAAUGAUCUACUCCUUGUUUAUGAGUUCAUGCCAAGAGGAAGCUUGGAGAAUUACAUUUUCAGAAAAUUUUCAUUUCGAGUAGGGAGAUCUAGCACUGAACCACUAUCUUGGGACAGCAGACUCAAAAUAGCUAUUGGAGCAGCUCGAGGCUUAGCUUUCUUACACACUUCAGAAGUACAAAUCAUGUACAGAGAUUUCAAAACCUCAAACAUAUUGCUUGAUGAGAAUUAUAACGCAAGAAUCUCAGAUUUUGGCAUGGCAGAAUUGGGGCCAAUUUUUGUAGAGUCGCAUGUGUCAACUAGGAUUGUGGGCACAUAUGCUUAUGCUGCUCCAGAGUAUUUUGGAACAGGUCAUGUUACCACGAAGAGUAACGUGUAUUGCUUCGGUGUUGUGCUGCUUGAAAUUCUGACUGGGUUCCAGGCACUUGAUAGGCGUCGCCCCAUUGAACAGCAGAAUCUGGUCGAAUGGGCUAAACCACUUUUGUCUCAUGAAACAAAGUUGAAAACCAUCAUGGAUCCAGGGAUUGAGGGACAAUGUUCCUUAAAGGCAGCAUUACAGACAGCACAGAUUAUUCUAAAAUGCCUAAAACUAGAUCCUAAAAGCCGACCUUCCAUGAAAGAAGUUGUGGAAGCAUUGGAACAUGUUCAGGAAAUUAAGGAAUAA